UUGCCAGCUCUAUGGGAUAUGCGAAUUUAUUUACUAAUUUUAAUUUUGUCAAUUUAUGUUUUUGCCUAAUUCAGUGAAAAUAUCGGGUGGUUCUUUUAAAGCUUCUUAGAUUUAUUCAUGAUUUCGUGCUGUGGUCGUGUUUGUUAUGUUUCUGAACUUUGUUACUGCGAUGCAGACAUACGACAAAGCUAGUGUAUAUUAUGCGGCAGUGUUUUGGAAAUUUCGACAUUGCGACAAAAGUCAUAAACCGUCUAUGCUUUGCAGACCCUAAGUAUUGCAAGAGCAAAGAAGGUAUUAACGAGAGGAGCAAAUACGAUUAUACAUAUUACAAAGGGCCUACAGCUGAAGCUUGGUUUACUGUGAAUGCGACAGUACAGCUUGUCUCUGUGUCUUUGUGUGUGUGUGUGUCUAUAGAAAGUGCGCACGUCAGGCUUGUCAGUAAUGUCCAGAAGCAAAUUGACCACUUUAGCGCACGGCGAAGGCAUAAACAUAACCGAUAUUAACACCAGUGGCAGCGACAAUAGAAAAAACAGUGGCAAUCGGAGGGGUACCCUGACACAUCUUAUGGAAGGACAUGAAACUCGUGGUGUAACGGGUCCUGGUGAGGGAACUGCGGACGGGUUAAUAUCAAGUGGAGCGGAAAAUUUACGACGCCAAGGUAGUCGGUUGCAGAGUUCCCGUUAUGCUUGCCUUAGAAGCUGCGGAAACUUUCUCACAUAUUUGGUACGACUGCGCAGUACUCCUGAUGAACUCGAGCAACGUUUUAAAUCUAAAGAGAUUGAUAAGAUCUUGGAGAAGGAAAAACAUACGUUUCGACGUCAGGUUAAACUGCUCCUCCUAGGCGCUGGAGAAUCGGGAAAGUCGACUUUUCUCAAACAAAUGCGUAUCAUUCAUGGGAUAAAUUUUGAACCCGAAUUGCUACGUGAAUAUCAGCAUGUGAUUUACCAAAAUGUUAUUAGGGGUAUGCAAGUGUUGCUGGACGCUCGGGAAAAGCUGGACAUCCCAUGGGGAAGCGACGGCCGCGAGGCGGAUGCUAAAGAAGCUAAAUUAAUGGAAUGCUAUUCAAUAGAGACACCUAGAUUUAUGGAGUACGCUCCAUUAAUACAUCGCCUAUGGCAGGAUCGAGGCAUUAGAAGAGCGUAUGAGAGACGACGUGAAUUUCAAAUUUGCGAUUCUGUUAGCUAUUUUCUAGACGACAUUGAACGACUGGCCAACCCAGAAUAUGAACCCUCGCACAAAGAUAUUUUACACUGUCGCAAAGCAACUAAAGGUGUUUAUGAAUUUAGUGUGAAAAUACAGAACAUUCCAUUUGUAUUUGUUGAUGUUGGUGGACAGCGAACUCAACGUCAAAAGUGGACAAGAUGUUUUGAUACUUCUGUGACGUCGAUUAUAUUUCUGGUAUCUAGUUCAGAGUUUGAUCAGGUGCUUGCGGAAGACAGAAGAACAAAUCGUUUAGAUGAAUCUAAGAAUAUAUUUGAUACCAUUGUCAACAACAACACAUUUAAGGGAAUUUCAAUUAUAUUAUUUUUGAACAAGACCGAUUUGCUGGAGCAGAAAGUUGGUAAUCCUGAGACUGAUAUUCGCUGGUAUUAUCCACAGUUUAAUGGAAAUCCUCACUCUCUUAUGGAUGUCCAAAACUUCAUAUUACAAAUGUUUAUGAACGUUCGCCGAAGGAGCAGCCCCAGUAGGAUCUACCAUCAUUUUACCACUGCCAUUAAUACGCGCAAUAUUAAUAUUGUUUUCAAUUCUGUUAAGGAUACAAUAUUACAGCGUAAUUUAAACGCUCUUAUGUUGCAGUAGCAAUAUUUAUAGAAUUUUAAAAAACGUGUUAUAUAAAUACAAGCAAAUAGAACAAUA